CAGCCGUGCGGGGCCCUGUGGAGCAGUCCAGCCCCCGCCCAGCCGGGCAUUGUUCCCGGCCCGUCGCCGCCGGGAAGUUUUAGCUGCGUUCCGGGUCCGCUGCCUGCCGCGUCGGGGAGGGGGGGCGCGGUGGGGGCAGGGGCCCGGAGCCCCUUUGUCACCUCCUCCCCGGCGUGAAGCCGCCGGCGAGGCUCAACAUGAUGGCGGCCGAGGCCACGGGUGAGGAGGGCGGCUCGGGCGUUGUGGCCGGGACAGCGGGAGCCGCGGCCGGGGAGCUGGGGCAUUGCCCCGUCUUGUGCCGUGGUCGGGCGCCGGAGCCGCAAGGCCCCUUCCUGGUCGGCGGCGGCCCCCCAGGCGGGCCGGAUUUGUGCUCAGUUCUGGAGCUGCUGGAGCUGGGCCCGGGGCCAGCCCCUCCAGCGGCCGCUGGGAAUGCCGAUCCCGGCUUCCCUCCGCUGCCACCCCCCCCGGCGUUGGCCGGGGGGCUGGGGACAGUGGACGAGGGAGACUCACUGGACGGGCCGGAGUACGAGGAAGAGGAGGUGGCCAUUCCGCUCAACGCGCCCCCCACUAAUCAGUGGUAUCAUGGAAAACUUGACAGAACAAUUGCAGAAGAACGUCUUCGACAAGCAGGAAAACCUGGAAGUUACCUUAUUCGAGAGAGUGAUCGGAGACCAGGUUCAUUUGUGCUUUCAUUCCUUAGUAAAACAAAUGUCAAUCAUUUUAGGAUUAUUGCCAUGUGUGGAGACUAUUACAUUGGUGGGCGUCGCUUUGCUUCACUCUCAGACCUGAUUGGUUAUUACAGUCACGUGUCCUGCUUGCUGAAAGGAGAAAAGCUCUUAUUUCCAGUAGCACCUCCAGAGCCUGUGGAAGACAGAAGAAGAGUUCGAGCAAUUCUGCCUUACACCAAAGUGCCAGAAACUGAUGAAAUAAGUUUCCUUAAAGGAGACAUGUUUAUUGUCCAUAAUGAAUUGGAAGAUGGCUGGAUGUGGGUUACAAACCUACGGACAGAUGAACAAGGUCUUAUUGUGGAAGACCUGGUAGAAGAAGUGGGAAGAGAAGAAGAUCCCCAUGAAGGCAAAAUAUGGUUCCAUGGGAAGAUCUCCAAACAAGAAGCUUACAAUUUGCUGAUGACAGAUUCCCCAGUCUCUCUGUAUGCUACCUCAGUAGAAUACUACAUCGGAGGAAAACUUUCAUGGCUAUCAGUACUGAUUGGUCAGGUGUGCAGUUUUCUUGUGAGGCCUUCAGAUAAUACCCCUGGUGAUUAUUCACUUUAUUUCCGGACCAGUGAAAAUAUUCAGCGUUUUAAAAUAUGUCCAACAUCAAACAAUCAGUUUAUGAUGGGAGGCAGAUACUAUAAUAGUAUUGCUGACAUCAUUGAGCACUACAGAAAAGAACAGAUUGUUGAAGGAUAUUACUUAAAAGAUCCUGUUCCAAUGCAGCACCAAGAACAAGUGCUUAAUGAUACAGUGGAUGGAAAAGAAAUCUACAAUACAAUUCGUCGGAAAACAAAGGAUGCUUUUUAUAAAAAUAUUGUCAAAAAAGGUUAUCUUCUGAAAAAAAGUAAAGGAAAGAGAUGGAAAAACUUGUACUUUAUAUUAGAGGGAAAUGAUGCCCAGCUUAUUUAUUUUGAAAGUGAAAAACGAGCCACAAAACCCAAAGGACUAAUAGACCUUAGUGUGUGUUCCGUCUAUGGAGUACAUGACAGUUUAUUUGGCAGGCCAAACUGUUUUCAGAUAGUAGUUCAGCACUUUAGUGAAGAGCAUUACAUCUUUUACUUUGCAGGCGAAACUCCAGAACAAGCACAGGACUGGAUGAAAGCUCUGCAGGUGUUCUGCAGUUUAAGAAAAACCAGUCCAGGAACAUCAAAUAAACGUCUACGUCAGGUCAGCAGUCUCAUUUUGCAUGUAGAAGAAGCUCAUACACUCCCAGUAAAGCAUUUUACAAACCCCUAUUGUAACAUCUACUUGAACAGUGUCCAGGUAGCAAAAACACAUAUCAGGGAAGGACAGAACCCUGUGUGGUCUGAAGAAUUUGUCUUUGAUGAUCUUUCAUCUGAUAUUAAUAGAUUUGAGAUAAGUCUUAGUAACAAAACAAAGAAAAGUAAAGAUCCAGAUAUAUUGUUCAUGCGUUGCCAAUUAAGCCGAUUACAAAAAGGACAUGCAACAGAUGAGUGGUUUCAGCUCAGUUCCUAUGUACCAUUAAAGGGUAUUGAGCCAGGAUCUUUGCGUGUUCGAGCGCGGUAUUCCAUGGAGAAGAUCAUGCCAGAAGAAGAGUACAACGAGUUUAAAGAGCUUAUACUCCAGAAAGAACUUCAUGUGGUCUAUGCCUUAUCACAUGUUUGUGGACAGGAUAGGACACUGUUGGCUGGCAUUUUACUGAAGAUUUUUCUCCAUGAAAAGCUUGAGUCCUUGUUGUUACGAACACUAAAUGACAGGGAGAUAAGUAUGGAAGAUGAAGCUACUACCUUGUUCCGUGCCACCACUUUAGCAAGCACACUUAUGGAGCAGUAUAUGAAAGCCACAGCAACAAGUUUUGUUCAUCAUGCGCUGAAAGACUCCAUAUUAAAGAUCAUGGAGAGCAAGCAGUCCUGUGAGUUAAAUCCCUCGAAGUUAGAAAAAAAUGAAGAUGUAAACACUAACUUGGCACAUCUACUCAGUAUACUUUCAGAAUUGGUGGAGAAGAUAUUCAUGGCUGCAGAGAUACUGCCCCCGACAUUGAGAUAUAUUUAUGGUUGCCUACAGAAGUCUGUUCAAAACAAAUGGCCAGCUAAUACUACCAUGAGAACCAGGGUUGUUAGUGGCUUUGUUUUUCUUCGACUGAUUUGUCCUGCUAUCCUGAACCCAAGGAUGUUUAAUAUCAUCUCAGAUUCUCCUUCCGCCACUGCUGCAAGAACACUGACGCUGGUCGCCAAGUCUGUGCAGAAUUUAGCAAAUCUGGUUGAAUUUGGAGCUAAGGAGCCAUAUAUGGAAGGAGUAAAUCCAUUCAUCAAGAGCAACAAACAUCGCAUGAUCAUGUUUUUGGAUGAGCUUGGGAAUGUUCCUGAGCUUCCAGACACUGCAGAGCACUCUCGAACUGACCUCUCCCGUGACCUGGCAGCUUUGCAUGAGAUCUGUGUGGCACACUCGGAUGAGCUCCGGACGCUCAGCAACGAGCGAGGGGUGAUGCAGCACGUUCUUAAGAAGCUUUUGGCCAUUACUGAACUGCUACAACAAAAACAAAAUCAGUAUUCAGUGUCUAACAACAUCAGGUAGCAGCUCUCUACCUGAAUUCUGCAUGGAUCCAGCACGCCCAACAUGACAACUCUCACCAGUAUCACUUCCUUCUUGCUUUUGCCAAAAAUAGCACACCCUGUCACAUUCCCAGUGAUGUGUGAACUAUGCAAAAGAAAACAAAGAUCCUGUUGGUGAAUGAUUGUACCAGCAGCUUUUUUUAAGCUAUCUGUGCAGGACAUAUGCACUUUUUUUUUUCCACUUGGAAACAAUGAAAUUUCACAACCUCUGAGCCUUCGUGUACAGUUCACCUUCUGCAGAGAAAAUGCUGUGACUGUGUCUAGGACUUCGAAAUUUUCAGCACCUCUGAUUGCCAAAGUUUUUGCUGUCUGAUUGGAAAAGAAUUAUCAACUGACAUGAGAAGAAAGGCGUUGUUCUGACAACCACCUAUAACUAACUGGAUAACAUUUCUUACUGUAAUUUCUGACUGGUUACAAUAACUAUGACUUUUGACUGUUUCAACCACUUUUAACUUUUAUUUACUUUUUCCAGAAUUUGAUGUUAUGGUAGGAACAACCUUUACUGUACACGUUUUAUACCAUGCUGUUUCUCUUGCUGGAAUGAUGUUGAAAGAGAAUAUCCAGAAUGGAUCUUGUCAGCUUUAUUUUUCUGAUGUGCCACUGAUUCAGUCAGAAUAGUUUUUCCAUCAAGAACUGUAUAUCCAGAUAAAUCACAAUGCUUUUGUAAAACGUUUACAACAGUAAAUAAUUUGAAUUCAGUAAAUUUAUUGAUUAUAUCAGACAUGCAUGCAUUCAUUAAACCAUUUUAUAAAAUA